GUCCCCCCGCGAUGCGGUGGCUGCCGUGGGCGCUGCUCAGGGUCCUAUGGGGGGUCCUAUGGGGGGCCCCAUGGCGGGUCUCUGGCUGCGUCCUGUGCUCCCCGGCGGCGGCCGAGGCUCUGGGGGCCGUGCUGGGCCCGUUCCUGACCCGCUCCAUGCCGCACACCCCGGCCAUGCGCGCGCGGGUCGCUACCAUCAUGCUGCGGGGGGUGCUGGGGCUGAGCCGGCUGCCGCAGCACCCCGAUACCUUCAUGGGCGUCAUCGACGAGGCGACACUGGAUGAAGCCGCAGCCCAGUUCAGGCGGACCCUGGCCCGGCUCGUGGAGCAGAACGUCCAAGACCAGCAGCUCUACACUGAGCUCCAUUGGGCCCUGCAGGAGGUGAAGGACGACUUCGAGCGGCUCAUGAGGCGCUUCCAAAAGCGAGCGUUUUGUAUCAACCCCUGCGGGCGGAUGGAGGUGGUGUGGAUCGAGUGCGUGUCCUGCAACAUCACCCUGUUCGCCUGCAACCGGGGGGUGCAAUGUGGGGAGCGCUCGCUGCGGGUGGUGGAGGGGGACGAGCUGCUGCUGGACUGCGGCUUGUCCUGGCACCGCGCGUCCCACGGCACCAAGAGUUACCGGUUCUACCGUGUCCCGGGGCCUGGCGCCGCGGCCCCCCCGGCAGAGCAGCUCCUGUCCAGCGGCCCCGACCCGCUGCUGCUGCGGAAGGAGGCGGCGGCAGCGGCCGCGGGGCGGUACCGCUGCGAGAUGCGGAACCCGCGGGGGGAGCUCGGCUCCGAGCUGCGCUUCAACGUUACCGUGACCCCCCGGCCCAGACCCCUUUGGCACUCCCCGGCCCCUUUGGCACCUCCUGGCUUCAUCCGGGUCCUUCCCGUUGUCGCCGCCGCAGCCUCCGUGGCCGUUGUGGCCGCCGGUACCGCGGCCCUAUGGUGCUGUCUCCGGCUCCGCCCUCUCCGCGGAGGCUCCGCCCCCUCCCGCGAAUAAAGGCGCCGGCACCCAUGCAUGGAGGGGAGGACCCGGAGAAGUCGCGUGGCGCCGUGGGAAAAAGGGGCGGGGCUUAUCGAAGUCACGCCCACAGAGGAAGCCCCGGCCCAUUCAUGCCCCCUUGGGGGACACACGCACAUACAUGAGCCAUGUGGGUGCACACGCA